AUGUUUUCGUUAAAUCUCGUUGCAGUCUUGUCAACUCUCGCAUUGGCCAGCCCUGGUCAUUCGUAUCCUUCCAACACAAAGCAGGAUUCUUCAACAUCUAGUGCUUUACCAGCAUGCGGUCCUGUUGUCCAGCCAUGCCAAUGCCCCGAAGGGAACUUUUACUCAUCCGUAGCCAACUACGGAUUCUAUUCCGCCAGCGCCAAGGAUAUUCAAAGCAUCGCCGCGUCAUCCUUCAGUGACCUGAGCUACCUCGGCCUCAAUGUCACCAACAGCACCGGCCAGGGCUUCGAGAUUGGGUCCUCUCGCACCUUCAUGGUUGACUGGGAGGCUGCAUCCGAGCCCAUUGACUUCACGGAAGUGCUGACUACAUACAACAACUACCCGGAGAAUGGGAGAUUCAACAUGACCUGGGAAAUGGGCAAUCUGCCCUUUUCCUAUACGCGACCAAGCGGGGAGACGGUGACUGUCGGUGGUCUCUGGAGCUACGAGGAACUCAGACAAGUUGGGGAUCACUCAUUCUUCCUCUGGUCGACCUGGUCUUGUUUCCCUGAUGCGUUUGAUUUUAACGGUUUCCAUGAACUUGCGUUUCACCGCAUCACGCAAAUUUUGAAGGAGCAAGGAAAGUCGGAUGGGAGGAUUAUUGGUCUUACCACAACUGGUUGA